UCAGCAGGAAAUAACACAACCCUGGGUUUCAAAAUAUUAAGUGUUCUACUCCCACUUGGCUACUGAGAAGUAAACAGGCCCCUUUGUUCUCUGCUCUGCACCCGCUGAGGACUCAGUGUCUUUUUUUUCUUGCCAAGAGAGGACAGACUUCUUUCUAAUGCUGUCGAGCCAAAUUCUGUUUGUCGAGACAGAUAUAUCCAAGUAGAAAAUACCCUUCCACAUCAGCUGUGAGGAUUCACAUCAGUAUAAAUAGCCACUUUCCCCUUUAAGAUAUGCAGACUUGCAGCCAGAAAUGGCUCUGUCUCGCCGCUUCUGUGUGUUUUAAAAGAAAAAGAGCACAACAAGCAAUUCUCAGAGCGCUUCUGAAAGUGAAACAAAGCAGCAUUGGAAUAGGACUAGACCAGGCACGUUUCUCUCCCUCUUCCUCUCAGAUUUUUCUGCAAUGACUACAGCAAGAUACAGACCAACUUGGGACUUGGUGCUUGAUCCUCUUGUGUCGUGUAAGCUUUGUCUUGGGGAAUUUCCAGUGGAGCAGAUGACAACGAUAACACAAUGCCAAUGCAUCUUCUGUACUCUGUGCCUGAAACAAUAUGUGGAGCUUUUGAUCAAGGAAGGCCUGGAAACAGCAAUUAGCUGCCCUGACGCUGCCUGCCCAAAACGAGGUCAUCUACAAGAAAAUGAAAUUGAGUGUAUGGUUGCCUCAGAAAUCAUGCAGAGGUAUAAGAAACUUCAGUUUGAACGAGAAGUACUUCUGGAUCCGUGUCGGACUUGGUGCCCAUCUUCUUCCUGCCAGGCCGUUUGCCAGCUUCAGGAACCAGGGCCUCAGAAUCCCCAACUGGUCCAGUGCAAAGCUUGUGACAUAGAAUUUUGCUCCACCUGCAAAUCCAACUGGCAUCCAGGACAAGGCUGUCAAGAAAAUGUGCCAGUCAACUUUCUUCCAGGGGAAACGAGCUCAGUUUAUAAAAUGGAAGAAGACGAUGCUCCAAUCAAACGCUGCCCGAAAUGCAAAGUGUAUAUUGAACGGGAUGAAGGCUGUGCCCAAAUGAUGUGCAAAAACUGUAAACAUGCCUUCUGCUGGUACUGUCUGGAGUCGCUUGAUGAUGACUUCCUCCUUAUACACUAUGACAAAGGGCCUUGCCGAAACAAGCUAGGUCAUUCGAGGGCGUCUGUUAUUUGGCACAGAACACAGGUUGUGGGCAUCUUUGCAGGAUUCGGCCUGCUGCUGUUAGUGGCGUCUCCGUUCCUUCUGCUGGCUACCCCUUUCGUUCUUUGCUGCAAAUGCAAGUGCAGUAAAGGAGAUGAUGACCCUCUCCCUACUUAGGACAGAGGGAGACGGAACUGGCUCAUCCUCACAGUCCAUUUCCUGCCCCCCCUUUUUUUGCACUUCAUAUGGUCAUAGCCUUACUUGCCCCAAUCCUGACGUCGAACAAGACAAUUUGGUGCCAUGAUUCCUGGAAUUACUGUUAGUCACUGUCAGUUUUACUCAUCUGCUGGAUUACAGGGAUGAAGGCAUUCCAGGGUGGCAUGACAGAGACUGCCAUGAAGCAAAGGGAACGUCAGAGAUACUGUAUAGGCAUCCAUAAUGCAAACGGUUCCUUACUCGCCUGCAAGCUGGAGGGAGUUUCCACAUAUCUAUCUGCAUCUAACUGAGGAGUCUUAUUACUAAACCUAUGUGUUUUUAAGAAUUGCUUGCCAGUUCAGCCCAUGCGACUUUCAAUAUCUGUUUCUGUUAGUAUUUGUCAUAGGGAAAUGUCUCAGCGUCCAGAAGCCUUUAUGCCUCUCUGACACGCAAAACGAUGGCCAAGCGGGAGGGUACAUUUUGAGGCCACCCUGUGCCUUUCGUCCUUCAAAGACAAGAGAUCCCAAUUUCUGUCCCCCAAACAUUCUGGGAAAUGGUGAGAGUUAUUUGUGUGGACUUGUGUUUUUUUUAAUGUUGCUCUUUUUCCCCCUUUUUGGCAAAGAUUUGAGAUUGAUGUACAUAUUUGACCCGCACCUGCUUCCGAAGUGUUGCUCUUUUCUAACCAUUUUUCCUUGAAAAAUUGUCUUUCUCCCCCCACCCCCGUCUAGAUUUUGCAUUAGCUGUUUACUAGCUAUUGACUACAUUAAUAGGGCUACCUCUUAUCAGGUGUCUUUUUUUAUGUACAGAGAAGGAGGAGGAGAGGGAAGGGGAGAGAAAAGAGAAUUCUGUUUAAACUUAAUGUGCAGAUAAUUGAAUAUUGUGAUGCUUCAAGGUGCAUGACUUGGCUGUUCUUAGGGCAGAGACCUAUAUGGAAAACUGUGGCCAUGCUCAUUUCCCUCUUGGGCACUGCUCUGCACAUAGAUCAGAGUGGGUACUGGGCUCCACCUCUUUCACUUUCCUUCAUCAUCUUCACUACCCCAGGGAAUAAAGGACCGUCCCUUGGUGCAUGCCAUAACCACUACGUGAAUGGGAAAUGUGCAUAUGCUGUUCCUCCUCACUGUUUGACUGGCAUGACUUAAAUCCCCAGGAACCACUGACAGGGAGGAGGGUGGGCAGAUGGAUGGUCUGUCUUGAGCGUGUUCAGUGGCUGGUAGGCACCCCAUACUUGGUGUGGCCGGAGAAGCAAGGAUGCUGUCAAACUUUAUGCUUAUCCAUGACAGGGCUCUGAACUGUUCUGUCACAAGGACGACAGGGGCCUCGCUGUGCUAAAUGUGCUUCUGCAACCAUCAGUAUAUACAGUCAUGCUCUUUGAGGCGGGAGACGAUGGGAAGAAUAGUUGAAAGCAUCCAGAGAGUGCCAGAUUAGGGUAGACUGGUAUAAAAGUAUGCCUGUUUCUAAAUUCAAAGGAGUGGUUAAAAAAAAACUGGAAGCAUUUUUGUCGGUUACAAAAAAAAAACCACAAAUAUUUUUAUGCUGUAUGGACAACAAAGGGUAUUUCUUAAAACAUUCCUUUGGCCCUCUUCAUUUUAUAUCUUUCUGUUGUUUUCCUGUUGUUUGGGCUCUUGUAUGAUGGGAAACACUGCAGCUCUCCCAAGGGAGUGCAAUAUCAGCAUCAAAUACAAAUAGCAAUUCAGCAUCACUGUUUUGAUUCAUUCACGGACUAAUGUGGACACUCUUAUCAAUUAUCAGCAUUAUGGUUUGACAUUAUUUUAGGCAAGGGCUAUAAGCUGCUCCCUCAGUUAUAAUUGAUUUCCAAACCAAGGAAAGGGUUUUUUAAAAAAAAAGAAAAGAUAUAAGACAAAUACACAUCAUCUGUUCCUGAAAGCUGCUUCUUCAGAUGUGUGUGGAGCAGGAGUUAUUUCAGAGCAGAAAGCAAGCUGUAGUUUGGAUUUUUUGAGGAAAGCGGUGAGGUGGAACAUGUGCCUAACAAACAGCAAGUCCCAAUGUCUGUGCAUGCCAGAGAAAUGGACCCUUUAAUCUACAGUUACACGGUAGGAAGGAAAGGGGCUUGCUUCCCCAAUUUUAGGAUCUUAGAUUUUUAUCGUAACGUAUCCAGUCAAGAACAAACUAAAUAGUUGUUAAAGUGCAUGUUGAGAUAUUAUAUUAAUCCCUUCAUAUUGCUACCACAGCAUGAUAAAGAUCAUAUCUGCUUCUAAUUGUCACGUAAAGUCCAGUCUAGCAUCCAGGGAACUCUGUCCUCUGCCAUUUUUUCCAGCUGUUCUGGUCAUAACGGCCAACAAAUGGUGACAAAUUGAUUCCGUCCAGCUUUCCCGUUUCUUAUCCUUUAGGUCAAAAUUUGUGGAGUCAACCAGGAUCAGUAAGGCCUUCUAAUCUAGGGUGCCCGUUUCUGGUUUCUUUGGCGCCUCUGGCAACUCUUUUUCCCUUAAACCCUAAUUAAAAUUCACAGGAGGUGAGCAUUGGAGGGGAGGGUCUUUGCCAUGAUGCGGGUGGGGAAUUAAACUUUUCUACAUAAAAAGUUUAUGCAGCUCUGAUCCAGGUCACCACCAUUACCCUACUGUAUGCACUAUCAGCUAACAACAGACAGAGAGAUACGCACUAUGCAUUUAAUGCUGAGAUAUACUUUUGCCAACUUGCUGAGUGUGAAAUAUGUGUGUGUGCAUGUGUGCUCGCCCACCUGUAUGUAGAGAACCUCCAGAGUGUGUACGGCAUGAGCGUUGUACUCUUUUGCCCUCAGAUCAUGGCCUUGGGUCUAUCUUCAGAAGGGGUGCUCUUCUUAACAUACCACAUCUAAUACCUUAAAAACACUUGAAUUAGGAAAAGCCUCUGGCCACUGUGCCCAUGCUUUCAAAUCAAUGUUAUGCAUAUGAGACACAUUGCUCUGCAUUUCAUGCUUGGGGCCCUUCUUUGGAUCAGGUAGUUGCUCUUUGUUGGUAAUUAAAGGAUGGUUGCGUAUCCCAGUGAAGAGAAUUGCCCCAGACAGCAUAUAACUUAAAAACUGAAAAUGUGACGUUUCCUAUCUGGGAAAAAUAAAUAGCCUGGUUUUGUGUAUGUGUUUCUGGAAUUCUAAUUCUUUUCAAAUGAAAACUGAAUUUUAACCUUCUGCAUAUCACCUGCUUUCUUUUUUAAAACUUUUGCUUACUGUUGCCUUAUAUCCACUUUCCAUGAUAGUUGAUGAUAUGAAUUUAUUGGACAAGACUAGUGUCGCUUCACUUAGUGUUUAGGAACCAUGUCCCUGUGGUGUUGUUUGGCUGGUCGGAUUGUUUGAGUUGCAUGCGAGUUUUCUAGCCCAGCUAGAAAGAAAUCCCACUUUAUGAGUGAAUGGUUAUGCCAAGCUUCUCUUAGAAGCAUAUAGGAUGUGUGUGUACAAGAGGGAGGGGAAAUGUCCUUUGUUCUUACAUAUGUUUUAAAUUAUAACACCCACACUCCUUGUAGCUAUUGACUCUUCUGUUGAGGCUUCUGGCAUCAACAGAAGAGUCAGUGAUGGUUACCCAUCACUGACUUAAGUAUUCAUCUCCAUUAUUUUCAGCUUGAAUCCUUUUAUCAUACAAAGUUGCCAUCUUCUCCCAAUGUCAUUUAUAUCCCAGUUGUUCAGACAACAUGUAUUUCAUGGUUUGUUUUAAAAUAUAAAACAACACAGAAACUUUAUGGACCAAAGCUGGACUUGAGGAUCCAUAGAGUCCCUUCCGGCUCUCCAGUUCUAUGAAUUCUUUUUCUACAUUAAAUGAUCUAAUAUAAUUAGCACAAUUAUCUUUCUGUUUGAAAGCAAAGUGGAAGAGGGAUGAGAGGAAGAAAAGGAAAUCUCUCUCUCUCUCUCUCUCUGCUCUCUCUCUCUCUCUCUCUCUCUCUCUCUCUCUCUCUCUCUCGUCUGUGAUUUUAAAGAUCUGGUAAAAAGAAAAGAGAAUAAGUUACUUUUAGGGAUGCUUA